AAGAAUUUAGGAUUUUAAGAAAUCGCUUUCUGCUAGUGAUUUAUAUUUUGUUAUUUUGGCAACACAACUACUUUCCGUCAUUUCCGACAGGUUCACGUUUUCCGGUUCUUUUCAGCAAAUACAAGAUGCCGCCUAAAAAGGAUUCUAAAGCUUCUGCCAAGCAACCCCAGAAAACUCAAAAGAAGAAGGAAGGAUCUGGUGGUGGGAAAGCUAAAAAGAAGAAGUGGUCCAAAGGAAAAGUCCGCGAUAAGCUUAACAAUCAGGUUUUGUUUGACAAAGCCACUUAUGAUAAGUUGUAUAAGGAAGUGCCCUCCUAUAAACUAAUAACUCCCUCAGUUGUGUCAGAAAGACUGAAGGUUAGGGGAUCUCUUGCGCGGAGGGCUCUCAUUGAGUUGCAGCAAAAAGGCUUGAUCAAACAGGUUGUUCAACACAGAGCGCAACUUAUAUACACAAGAACCACAAAGGGUGAUGAUCCAGCGGCUUAAAUUGUAAAGCAAUGGUUUUCUUUUAAUAUACUAUUACUACAAAA